AGAUGGCACAAGGAACACUUCCCUCAGCAGAACGAGGUUGUGACCAUGGGCAAGCGGUCACCCAAAUUGAGGUGUUGCCAGAACAUUUGUCUGAAAAGAAAAAGCAGGCUCAUUGCAGCCAAAGAACUUGCUCACUGUCUUACUAUAGCUUCCUUUCAUGUGGGGCAAAAGACAACAAGUCGGCAAUUGUGGUCUCACUGGGGAUGCUUGAAGCAGGGUCAACUGCACUUCCAUCGGCGUGUGGAUGAGAACGACGGAGUCCAUGUGUCAGGUUUGGGGGGCUUCAAUCGUCUUGCUGACAAGCAGAAGGAGGUGAUCACUGCUACAAUUGUUGCAGCAGAUCAACCUGGCCCUCCUCCUCCUGAUCCUAAGUCAGCAGCAGGAAUUGCGCGAAAGGCCAAAAAAGCGAAGGCGCGGCGGGAAAGCAAGCAGAAGCGUUCUGACUUGGCCAAACUGGGGGAGUGUCUUGCCACAGUGCAAAGGAGACUGGGCAAGAAAACCUUUGUGAGUGAUUCAAUUUAA